AAAUCAGAUAGCAGCGGCACUAGAAUGUUCUAGAUUUUUCAUUCGUCCAAUGGAAUUUGCAAAUGUGCAGCCGAGACGUUUUGAAAAAUCAUUUGGUUUUAUAUCGUGAAAAUAAAACCAUUAGAUAGGUACCGCCAUUCGCCGAUCGUCCGAAAAAGAUAUAUACUUUUAUUAUCAAUUUUUUUUUUUUUUUGCUUAACAUAUUGUGGUUUGUCAAUCGAUGUUGUUAAAAUAUAAUGCCUUUUGGUGAUCGUCACAGACCCAAGUUAAGCGAACGGAUUCGCGGAAAGACAGCUGACCAAAUACUAGAAGAAAUAAACAAGAAAUUUAAUAGAAAUAAAAAUUCGAACAUGUUUUUUGACAAGAACACUCCAGUUUCAUCCCCAGAAAGGGAAGAAUUUCCAUUUGAUGAUGACAUGCUCUUAGGUCAUUUAAGUGUACGUUCUCAUUUAGAAGAUUUAGCUAAAAAGCACCCAGAUAUUGCGGAUCAUUUACGUUGUCCACCUUGGGGAGGCGAACCAAGCUCUAAACGUAGUAAUAAAAGAAACGUAUCUGGAGACGAAAAUACAUCUGAAGUGCCAUCAGAUCUCAAUCAAAAUAGUACUGAGCAUAUUGAAUCUAGUCCCGAUCAAAAACGAUUUGAAGACAACAUGGAUAAUCAACAGCAGAAUCCAUCUGAGAAUAUUUCAGAUCUAUCAGGAAACAAUGAUGAUAAAGCACAACAAAGAUUUAUAUCUAAAUUAGAAUUCACACCAAUGAAUGCCAGUAAUCCAACAGAAAAUGUUCAACAGCAACAACCACAACAGCAGCAACAACAAACACCACCACCAGUACAUCAGCAACAGCAACAACCACCACCACAACAGCAGCAACAACAACAUAAAGAACCUCAAAGAGAUUCGACUCCACCACAAGGAGCUCAAAAACCUCAUGUGCGGGUCAUUCCAAUACAGGUGGAAGGCCGUUCGAACCCAGUUUACCCAAAGGAUACAGAUAAAAUGAAUGAAAUGGGUUCAAAUGUACCCAAACAAAAUCUGGGUAAAACUCAAUUUCCUCAUCAUUCCUUCUACGACCAAAAUACUUCACAGCGCCGUCAAACUCCACCGCCAUCGUCACACCAGCAACAGCAUGCAGCUCCCCAAGAACCGAGAUCGACUCCACCGCCUCCACCUCCACCUCGUCAGCAAACAAAACCAUUAGAUGCAUUAGAAAAAGUUCGAAUUGUUCAAGCUGAUGUCGAAGAAUUGGCCAAAGAUGUUGCACAAUUCUCUGGGAACUCUCGUAGCGAUAAACAAUUCAUUUAUUUAGAUGAGAUGCUUACAAGGAACUUAAUUAAGUUGGAUACAAUUGAAACAGAAGGGCGAGAUGAUGUUCGCAUUGCUAGGAAAAAAGCGAUAAAAACAAUUCAAGAUAACAUUGCAAUUUUGGAAGAUAAAGUUCCUCAAACUAAAUCUGAACCAAUGGUAGUUGAACAAUCAAAUGAAGAAUCAGAAGAACCAGUUCAAUCUGAAAAUCAACAGCCAGAAACUCAGCAGUCACAAACUGAUGUAGAAAAUAGCAAGAAAUGAAAUUGAAACUAACAAUAAAAUAGAUAUAUAGUUUUAUAAACAAAAAUUAAUUGAAAAAUUGUAUUUAACAAAAUAUUAAUUGUAUAUGUAUCAAAAGUAGUCUUUAAAAUUGAUAGAGAUUUAUCAUAAGAAUGAAAGCCAUUUGAGUUUCUCUUUUUAUUCCUUAAGUUUACAUUUAAUAAACAGACUUUUUCAAAAUUUAAAACUUUAAAAGACUGUCUGUUAUGCUAUAAACAAAUAAGAGUUUAUUAGAAUUAAGAGCUUAUUUCUAUUUUCGAAUGGAC